AUGUCAUAUGGAUAUCAAACUCCUUUACAAAUGAGGUCAAGACCAACUUUAUUACAACAAGAACCAAUUCCAAUGUUGAUUACUUCUCGACAACCAUUUCAACCAAUACCAAUAACACCACAAUAUAAAGAUCAUUCGCUUGGAUAUACUAAUUCAUUAAAAAACAAUCGAAUUGCACCACAACAAUUAGAUUAUAAUUCAUAUUCACAACCCAAUAAUUCUUUUCGAGCUCCAUCAUCAAAAGCACUUAUUCAACCAUCACAAAUGUAUUCACUAAAACAACCAGCAAUAGAUACAAUCUAUCCUUAUAAUUCAAAUCAAUCAUAUUAUCCACAAAAUAAGUAUAUGGAAGAAAAUGUUUAUCCUAAUGAUGAUCUUCAACAAAAUAAUAAACCCACUUCAUGUUGUUGGCAACCAUUAUGUUUUGGUUUAACACGUUUUACUGGUGGAAUUCUAUUUGGAACUAUAAUUAUACUUGGUAUUGCAUCAAUUGGUGGUCUUAUUACUUCAAUUAUUUUAUAUAUUCAAGAUCCACAAUCAGAUUCACAAUGGAAAAUUUUAGGUAUUGUUGUCUGUGCUGUAAUGUUAAUAACAACACUUAUAACAUUAUGUAUAUUUAUUUAUUGUUAUAAAACUGGUCGUAUUGGUAAUAAGAGAAAUAAAAAUAAUUUAACAACACCAGAAUAUAAUCAAAAAAAUGAUUUUGGAAAUGGAAAUAAUUAUAAUCGGUCAUAUGGAAUGAUGCAAAAUAUUUCACCUUUCUCACAAUAUGAAGAUAUUAUUUAUGUUGAAGAUAAACAAACAAAUACUGAAAUAACAAUGUCUCCUUUACGACCAAGAGAUUGGAAACAGGGAGUUUGGCCAGGAAAGAAUGCAUAUGGAGGUUUAUCUUAUCGUCCAUUUGAAAAACCAAAUAUGGUUAAUCAUUUUAUACAAACAUUGUCAAAUGACAACGAUCAAAUAAUAUCACAACCAAAAAAUAAUGCAAUUAAUGUUAUACCGAGAACGAUUAUUCGAUUACCAGAAAAUUAUCAUCAAUAUGAUGAAGAUCAAUAUCCAAGUCGUUUUAUUGAACAAAAACGACAAUAUAGUGUUGUUGAAAAAAUUAUUGAAAGACCAAAAGGACUAUCAACAGAAGAAUAUAUAGAAUUUACUGAAUUAAAAAAAAAUGAUGGAGAACAAAUUGAAAACGGACGAAAAAUCAAACGAUUUAAUAAUGUUUCUGUUAAACGUAUUAAAGCAAUUGAAAAACCAGAUGAUGUUCAAGAUAAUUUGAAUACUGAUCAUUUUUAUCAAUAA